UAUCUUAUUGCUUCUCUCUUUCGAUUCUUAUCAGAUCACUCAAAACAAUGGCUUUCUUCUCCGCCACGAUCUCUCUUCUCCUUAUCCUUCUCUCUGUCUCCUCAACUUCUGUUCACGGAACCUUUGCACCGGCAGUGGAGUGCUCUGCCCUGAUAGUAAACAUGGCGGGAUGUUUAUCUUUUGUGACGAUCGGGAGUACGGUGAAUGAACCGACUGGUUCGUGCUGCACCGGUCUCAAGAAAAUUCUCGAUACGAACGCUGCAUGUCUAUGUGAAGGGUUGAAGAACAGUGGCGCCAUGGGAAUCAAACUGAACGUUACUAAAGCCUCUACUCUUCCCGUUGCCUGUAAACUUAAUGCUCCUCCGGUCUCAUCUUGUCAAUUGUCUGCUCCUGCUCCUUCUCCUAAUGCACAAGCUCCAGUUCCUGCUGCUGGACCACGAUCAGGAUCAGGACCAACCUCUGCUCCAGCUCCAAGCCCUUCUCAAGGGAACCGUGGCUCUUCGGUCCCAAUCUCUGGCUUGACAUUUGUAAUCAGUGGCGCAUUGUUCUUACUGUUCUCUCAUAUCUAAAACCAGAGAUCAUCCCUUUACCUUUACAUGAAUUAGACCUUAGCGCAUUUUUUAGUUGUGGUGUUUCCAUAAUUCCAUUAAGACUUAUCAUAUUUUCAUGAAGACUUGGGUUUUAAUGUGUGUUUUGCUUGCUAAUUUUUUAUUAUUUGAGUUGACUGGUGGUUAUUUCUAUAUUUUGUUUUGUUGAA